AUGGCAAGCUGUACCAGUGAUAGUGAUGAAGAACCAGUUGAUUACUCUAAUAGUCUUGACAUAUUACCUUACAACUUCGAACCAGAAGGUAGUAGUGAAGAAGAAUCUGCCUCAGAAUCAGAUUCUAGUCAUGAUGAUGAUGAAUUAUCAAGUACAACUUGGUGUUCCUGUAGUAAUUGUGUCAUAAUGCCUUCAAGAAGAGAGUGCCUUUGUUGCAGAGAUAUUCAAGCAAUAAUGAGCAAAAUCAAUGAAGUGAAUGAUACUCAAGUCAAAUGCAUAACAGAGCACCCUGGUUUUAGUGCAGUAUGUCUCAAUGUUUGGGUUCUUCAGACAGCAUAUGCACAAUACAGACAGCAGUAUGGCAAUUAUAAUGCUUCAAUGCAUGAGCGACACAGGUACACUGCUUAUCGUCAACUUGUAAGGUGGUGCUGGGGAUUGUUAGGACGAGAAGUCAGAGUCAUACUUCCAUCAUGUGCUGUAUCUAUUAUAAGAACAACAUUUCCAUCAAGUGCAUAUACUGGAUAUAGUAAUCCUUAA